AUGCUCCGUCAAAUCUUCGCAGCCGCCCCGUCGGCGCGCCUCGCGACCCCGAUCUCUACCGCAGCCCUCAAGACCCAAUUCGCCCACCAACCAACAUGGCGCCUUCCUGUGCGAUACAACAUUUCCAUUCCCUUCCUCUACAAACCGAAGCUACCGCAUAAAAAUACCAUCCAAAGAAUCCAGGCUAACCCAUGCGCUCCUCAGAAUCCCUCCGCGAUCGCCUGCACCCCGCGCCUCUUCACCACCACAUCCCCAGCCCGCUUCACCACCUCCGCAAUCCUAAACUACUCUUCCCCCUUCCGCCUCUCCACCGACAAGCACGAAUCUCCUUUCGACCACCCAGAAGACGACCCUUACAGCCAAUACCCGCCCAAGCGACAAUGGCCCCCAGACAUGUCGAAGCUCUCCCCGAAACACCAGUUCCGGCUUGAGCGUAAAUACCGCCGGCGCGCGGCGCUGAAGUAUGCGCGCCCGAAGUUCAUUAAGAUGGUCACGUUGGCUCAGUGGAUUAUUAUUGGUUUUGUUGCGGUCUACGCCAUUCUGUUCAUGAAUUGGGAUACCAAGGGCACGCCAUUCGAUGGGAUCCGAGAGAGCGUCUUCGAGGGAAUCGGGGCGAUAUUCACUAGCCCGCCACCUCGCGGACCGGCGAAGAGUUCCGACGAGAAGAAUUGA